AUGGACAAACCGUCGCGUCCGGUGCGAAAUCGUAAGCGCAGUAGGUUCGUGACGAAUGUCUUGCGUGUGACCGUGUGGAAAGCAUGGCCACCGGGAGAUAGCCACCGGCCGGUGAAACGAUUAUUUACACCGGAAAUUAAGCGUAUGCUGAAGGACUGGUUAGUACGGCGCCGGGAGAACCCAUACCCAAACCGGGACGAAAAGAAGCUGCUUGCCACCGAGACGGGUUUGACGUACACUCAAAUAUGUAACUGGUUUGCGAACUGGCGACGAAAACUCAAAAACUCGGGCAAUGAUCCAAUUCGCAAGACGUGGGGUAAUUUGAUCAAGAAUUACAACACCAAUGCGCGUGGCAAUGUGGAGCAGUUUAGCAUAUGUUCGAAUGAUAGCAUUUGGGGUGAGCAAGGGGAAGACUCGCAAGGUUCCCGUACAUCUUCUUCGGGCGAGCAGCCUUACCACCAUCAUCAACAUCGUCAUCGUCGCCAUCAUUACAGGCACAACCAGCAACAUCCGCAGCGGAGUCCUUCCCGUGCACAGUACGGACAGAGGAAUGCUGGAAAACCGUACCCAGCGUACACCGAUACAGGUGGUAGAGGAGGCGAGAAUAACAAUAGCGAAUCGUGCCAAAACAAUAAUGUAGACUGCAGGACGUAUUCCGAUUACUUGCGAGUACUGCCAGAGUAUGGCAGCGUCGAGGAUUGUCCGAAUAGUGAAGAUCUGCGAGAUAGCUAUCCACCGACAGCGUUUCGAAUCGAUCAUUGCUAUACUCCACGCAACUACGAAACCGUCUUUGGCAUACCGGAAGAAACGAGAUGUUACAAGGUCACCCAAUUCGAUGGGAGCUAUGAUCCGGAGAGUGGGACAACACUUGAGCCUCUCAUUCUAACUGCCACACCUGCCCAUUAUGGUCGUCCUUACGCGACGAAGGAAGUUCCCACUGGCGGAACACUCUAUCUCACCCCAACAACUACACUCUCUCCCGCUGCCACUCCAGCAAUCACCAGUGGUAGAUCACGUUCGAGCAAAUACAAAAGCAGCAUCAUGGAGAAAUAUCUUCGCGAUCUAGGCGAGCUGGAACCAGCGGAUGUGCCAACGGAUGAGUCUGCAACCAUGGUGCCGGUUUUAAUGGCGGCAAUACCCUUUCAACAGAAACACUGUGGCCACACCCGUAACCACGAACUUCAGCUACAAGCGCAACCUACGAUGGGCUAUGACACGGCCGUAUUACGAGGACCACCUUCAUUAUCGAAAUGGCUGGAAAGUGCUGCAAAGUUCACACCGUCAAAACACAAUUACAUCGAUUGGGAAUGCUCUGGAAAACAAUCGACAACGAAGAAACGGUGUGAUUCGGAGAGCAACUACUACGGCAUGGUUGAUACCGGUGAUGAUAACGGUUGUGCCUAUGCGAGACCAUUUUAUAGCGAGCCAACGACAACAGUUGGUACACUCGAACACCAAAAGGAUGAACUCGAUGCUGCAGAAGCGCUCACGAGGCUGGCAAACAAUUUUCGAACCAAAUUUUCCACCUAA